UAGUUUCCCAGCAUGGAGAACGGGUGCACGGGAAGCUCUGCGCCGGUUGAAUGUUCCCCUUAAGGCACUUUCCAGGGGAUGGAUCACCUAGUGCCUGCUGGUUAGGGAGAUCCUCGUACUUGCUCUAGGCAAGUCUUGCUCGAUCUAAGCCGAGAAGGCCCUUCUUGCCUUCUGAAUUGCUUAACACGGAUUAGCCAUGCUUGCCGCUAGAGCCCGAACAGGCGUUGUACAUGUUAAAGCAGACCUUGGGGGUUCUAGGAUAGCAGGAAGAAGACCGGUCAGCUCACCGACAACAAAAUAAUAAUGAGCAUGGACUGGCUUGGCUAUAGCUACGCAGCAUUGGUUGCUUCAGGUGGAAUAAUUGGCUAUGCAAAAGCAGGUAGUGUUCCCUCCUUAGCUGCUGGUCUCUUGUUUGGUGGUUUAGCAGGAGUGGGUGCUUAUCAGCAGUCUCAGGAUCCAAAAAAUGUUUGGCUUUCUCUGAUUGCUUCUGGAACCUUAACUGGUGUGAUGGGAAUGAGAUUCUAUAACUCCAGGAAAUUCAUGCCUGCAGGGUUAAUUGCUGGAGCCAGUCUCUUAAUGAUGGGCAAACUUGGACUCCAGCUGAUGGAGAAACCCCUUCAGCCAUAAGCCUGCAACAGAGAAAAAGCAAGUAAGAUGCCUGGAGACAACUUUCAGAACAAGAAGCUUUGAAGCAACAGACACUAGAGAAGUUCUUGAAGUUGUUUUUUUUUUUAAAGUAUUAGCAUCUGCAAAGAUACGUAACUGCAGCAACAGUGCAUUUUAGUGUAACCAGCAUAUCUUUAUUGGCACCUUUCACACAAUUCUAAAGAGUCAUAGAAUUACAGCUUUCAUGUCUCAUUUUUUGCAAAUGUACCAAUUUCUUCCCAUAGCUCUGCACACUUGAGAAUAAUGAAUGGGGUGAACUGAUAGUGAUAACCAAUGCUGCUGGUGACUUGUCAUAAACGCUUGCCUAAUUCAUAUUUUAUUUUCCCAUCCUUGUCUAUCUCUUUGUCUUGACAAACUGAAAGUUGGGAUGCUGACUACGGGGAUUUCUUUGAAUAAAUUUGUAUCUGUACUUACAAGGCUGCUAUCAACGUAAAGAGUUUUUUAAAAGUUUAUGAACAGUAGUUCUUUUUAAAAUCAGGUAAAUGUUUGCUAAAUCUGUUUUUAAACAGCACAAUUGGACUAAUGGCUUAUUUACUAAUUAAAAACAGUGAGUUCCCAAAUACCUUUCAGGGCUGAAAGCAGAUUUUGUUUCGUACAAUUUCUGUGUGGAUAUUUACGUUUUCUCUUGGCCAAUAGCACCUGAAAAAAGGCAAAAAGUUUUCACUGGUAUUCCUUGAUGGCUAACUGACUUUAAGGAGGUGAUGGUUCUGAUCCAGAGAUUAUGUAGGUGCUAUGAUAUAUACACACAGUUAUUAAAUGGAAAGUUCACUUCAGGGAAGAAAUACUUAAUUAGACAGUAAGCAUUUAUAUAGCUCUGAAGAGCGUACAAAACAUUUCACAUAUAUCAUCAUAGUAGUAUUUGGACCCCACUGAAAUGGUUGAUUCUUUUGAUGAGGAUGGUGUUUUGCCACCAGGCAAGAAAAUUCAAGAGAGGCAAUGAGCACUCAAGUGGAAAAAAAGACUUACAAUGCUUUAAUUGAAAGAUUUAGUGUUUUAUUACAGGCAAGACACUUAAACAGAUAAAAGCUGCUCUUGAGCAUAGUUUUUAUCUCACAUCUCCUUUGUGUUGUCCGGGAACCCCGGAUAAGAACAGAGAGAUCCCAGUUAGCCAUGCUUACACAACACCGCAGCGAUGGUCUGUGUUGAAGCCCCUGAGCAGGAGUUAGGGACCCUUAUUUAUACCCAAAAGAGCCCCUGGAUUUGGGUGCAGGUUUGCACCUGUGCCUUUAACCAGCUAGACCAGUGGGGAUUUUUUUGAGUCUUGCGCUUCUGCGUUCAUCCUUUUUUUGGUCAGUGUCCUUGCUUUGUACAGUCUUAGUCAUUGCAGCUGCCAUUGAAGGCCAAGUUCCCAGCGCUUACCAGUGCAUGUGAAAACAUCUUUCCUAAUGAUGUAGGCAUCCACUAUCUAUUUUUGCCAAUUAAGAGCCUCUCUUACCUCAUCUGCGUUAAAUAAACAAAGCUUCUCAGA